GAGAGAGGGAGGGAGGAGGAAGAGGAGUAGCCACACACACACCAGGGCUGCACGGAUGCACGAGGACGGACUCGAACUCUCCCGCUCCCCCGGGCUGAGGCGAAGACGUCGGGAUUAGGCGAGCGACCCGGAUUGCGGGGGAGCGCAGGCGCGACACGGGGGCUGCGGAUCGGCACGGUGAGCAAGAACCCCGCUCACGGGAAUCAAACAGGCGGUCCGGGGUCCACACUCACCCCCUCAUCACCACCCAGGCAAGGCGCCGACGUGUCGCUUCUUCACCUUGACGAGUCGCCCGUGUCGCGCUUGACAAGUUGCGACUCGGAGCAUCUUGACAAACGUACUGUGGAAAAACCCCUUCUGAACUCUCCGAUCCAUCCCCGUCUCCCCCGUGACGGAUACAGUCCGCCAUGGCGGCGGCACGCCAUCCUGAGUGCUUCGCCAAUCUGCCGUGAUCGAGGACCUGUACCGGAUGUGCCAGGGAUCGAGAGGAGGGGACCGGACCGUGGAGGAUUGAUCUGGGGGGCUUGGGGGGGAGGCAUGAGUCCGGGCACGGACACGGUGAUGACUGACCGAGUCUUGGAACUCAUGGAUAUGACUCUGGUUUUCAUGGUCUUGAGGAAUCCUGGUAUGUUUCUGGUCCGGCUUUCCUCUCCUGGAUGGGGAUACCGUGACACGACAAAGCGGGACCAGUUCUUUCCCUCGGUCCACCAGGAGUCCGUAAGGGGACUUUAGGCCGCCAAACCAGGUGAAUCUCUUUCAAGGCUACGUUGGGACGCCAUGCUCCGCCCGACGGAUCCCUCACGGACGCCUGACUCCGCCCCCCUGCCGCUCAGAUAGUCCUGGAAGGGAGAAUGCAUAUCAUCUCCUGCCCAAAGGAAGAAGCCACCAUGAGCAACGUCACGGUCACCGACAACACCGAGCCCCUCACCCACACCGUGAGUCCGGCCGCGCCGGGCCCCUGCAGCUACCCACUGAGCUUCCAGGUCUCCAUCACGGGCUUCCUCAUGCUGGAGAUCCUCCUGGGCCUGAGCUCCAACCUCACCGUGCUGGUCCUCUACUGCAUGAAGUCCAACCUCAUCAGCUCCGUCAGCAACAUCGUCACCAUGAACCUCCACGUCCUGGACGUGCUGGUGUGCGUCUGCUGCAUCCCCCUCACCAUGGUGGUGGUCCUGCUCUCGCUGGAGGGGGACGCCGGGCUGCUGAGCUGCUUCCACGAGGCCUGCGUCUCCUUCGCCAGCGUGGCCACGGCCGCCAACGUGCUCGCCAUCACCUUGGACCGCUACGACAUCUCCGUCAAACCGGCCAACCGGGUUCUGACCAUGCGGAGGGCCCUGGCGCUCAUGACCUUCAUAUGGGUGCUGUCCUUAGUCAGCUUUUUGGUGCCCUUCAUGGAGGUGGGCUUCUUUGCCAAUGCGGAACUCAACCAGACCCUGGCGGAGAGCUCGGUCCACCCCAACCAGUACUACACGGAACUGGGUCUCUAUUACCACCUGAUGGCGCAGAUUCCCAUAUUCUUCUUCACCGCCGUGGUCAUGCUCAUCACCUACUCCAAAAUCCUGCAGGCGCUCAACAUCCGCAUCGGCACGCGCUUCCACGCCUCCCAGAAGAAGAAGGUGCGCCGGAAAAAACGCCCCUCCAUGACGGCCAUGACCCCCCAGCCGGAGGCCACCGACGCCUCCCAGAGCAGCGGCGGCCGCAACCCCACUUUGGGUAUGCGCACGUCGGUGUCGGUCAUCAUCGCCCUACGCCGGGCCGUGAAGCGCCACCGGGAGAGGCGGGAGCGCCAGAAACGGGUCUUCAGGAUGUCCCUCCUGAUCGUGUCCACCUUCCUUCUCUGCUGGACGCCCAUCACCGUGCUCAACACCGUCAUCCUCAGCGUGGGCCCCAGCGACCUCAUGGUCAAGCUCCGGCUGGGCUUCCUGGUCAUGGCGUACGGCACCACCAUCUUCCACCCGCUGCUCUACGCCUUCACCCGGCAGAAGUUCCAGAAGGUGCUGAAGAGCAAGAUGAAGAAGAGGGUGGUGUCCAUCAUCGAGGCCGACCCCACGCCCAACAACGCCAUCAUCCACAACUCCUGGAUUGACCCAAAGAGGAACAAAAAGGUGACGUUCCAGGACAAGGACGCGAGGCGGAAUUGUCUGUCCUCCGAGGCCGUGGAGUGACGGGACCCGUUCAGAAAACUCGGGGGGUGGGGGAAGGGAAAAUGUUCGUCCAAAGCCGUCAUGUAAAUAUGAAGUGCAAUAGAACUGACAGAAAGGCGGGUAAUUUAUGACUAUUUAUUGAUAGGUAGGACACAUACUGUACUAUUGCAUGGCUUUUUGUAUCUUCCGGCACAUACGCGAUAGCACUUAGCCAGGGCGCUAGUAACGCACACGUAGAUUUAUAACGAAUUGGGCUCUCCGCUCUGCUAAAGCGGUUUCCUACCGCUAACCCUCCCCCUUCCCUCACCCCCCCACCCCCGCUACCCUUCCCAAGUAAAGUGUGUUGUGACUCCAACGGCUGUGAGAUUACUGCCAUCCAUCACGGGGCCACUUGCUCCCACACGCCGCCCCUCCCCGCCCUCCGCCAGACCUCGGAGACCGCUGACCUCACUGCUACGCACGUGCCGAAAUGAAAAUGGUAGGUAAGAGGACGCCACCCGGACGCGGAGGAUUUAUGGCUGCUGUUUAGCGGAAGGUUGACGCGCUGU